CAGGACCCACAUCAUUAUCACUUGGGCUUCUGAAGGAGACGGGAGGAGAAGAUAUUUUGGUACUGUCUAUCUUACCUAGAAAAAAAAGGAAAAGAUUUUGAAAAAAAAAAAAAAGAUCAGUUGCUUUCAGAUAGAAAGAAAAAAUCUUUUUCAUGAUGGGUCUUCUUGAUUUCCUGCUAGAAGUGUUUAAACAGACACCAACUCCUCCCCCUACUCCUAAACCUUGCCGUCGUGCUCCUUCACCAGAACUAGACGUUCCUUGGAGACGAGUAUACUGGAAUGAAAAAGACAAGAUACUGAAAGACUUGGAGGAUUUAAACCCAAGUGUGGAGCCCCUUAGGAUUCUGCUGCAUGGGCCAGUUGGGGCAGGGAAGUCAUGCUUCGUAAACUCUGUUCAGAGAGUCCUCUUAGGCCGUAAUACCAUGAAUGCUCUGGAAAACACAACAGGAACUGGAGAAAGCUUCACUACUUCAAUCAAAACACACAAGAUGAAGAAGCGUGGAGGUGGAUAUUAUCCUUUUGUUUUCAGUGACAUCAUGGGACUUGAAACAAAUAAAGGAGGGAUAGACACUGGAGACAUCAUCAGAGUUUUAGAGGGACAUAUUUUAGAUGGAUACAAGUUUAAUCCCCGUGGACCUAUAAGUAAGGAUGACAAGAGGUACAAUCCCAACCCAAAUCUAGGUGAUAAAAUCCACUGUCUGGUCAGCAUUGUUCCUGCUGAUACCAUCUCAAGAAUGGAUGAAAGUGUGCUUGACAAAAUGAGGGCAAUUCGAAAGACAGCUUCUGACUUGAGCAUCCCACAAGUCAUUGUGUUGACGAAAGUGGAUAACGCAUGUGAGAUAGUCAGCCGAGACUUGCGAAAACUUUACCACAGCAAGAAGAUCAAAGAGAAGGUUGAGGUGAGCAGUUAUGAACUGGGAAUCUCAUUGAAGAACAUCUACCCUGUGAAGAACUAUCAUGUGGAGAUCACUGAAGAUACCAAUGUGGAUGUUCUCAUUCUCAUGGCACUGAGGGAUAUUGUCAACUUUGCCAACGACUAUGCAGAAUUCAUGUACUAAUCGAGUGGCAGUUCACAAACAGAGUAAAAGAGAAUUCCAGUGCUUUUCAAAAUGUCUGCAUGUAGUGUUAAUAUAUAGUGUUAUACUAUGUAUGUUUGUGCUGUAGACAUCAUGACCCCUGGUUCAUAUCACCACCACUAUGAAGUCUGAAAUCAGAGUUUGUUGGGUUUACUUGUUAGUUUUGCAUUUACUAUUAAGUACCAUGUUAAAAUAUCCUUUUAAACAGUCAGUGUGACCUUGUUAUAAAACCAUCUAUUUUGACCAUAAUUGUAUAAAGAAAAUGGAGAAAGAAAAAUUGCCCAGUGCUCCAAUAUGGCAUUUCUUUUUUGAUUUAAACCCAAGCUAACCCAAUAUAAACCGAGCCACUCAAUCCAAAUAAUGUGAUGUGUAAAAACUGUAUCAAACAAGCUGUACAAAAGUUGCCUCUCUUAUAAUAAUAAUAAUAAUAAUAAUAAUAAUAAUAAUAAUAAAAAUAAUAAUAAUAGUACUAUUUGGGUGGUGGAUCAUUCUUAGCACUCUAAAAGGCUAAAUUAAUACUACAACAGAGAACGUUGUGUUAGCCACUAGAUAACAACAGAUAGCAGCUGCAAUUGUUUAGGAAUAUAGCCUACAUUACCAAUGGUUUAAGCUAGCCUUGCUAAUUCAAGCCUUACACAGUUCCUGCAAUGACAGAUGGAGCACAGUUAUAUAUCCACAACUGACACUCAGAGUGUAAAAUACACACCUCAGUGACAUGAAGGUUUCUCUCAAUAUGUUGAAAACAGAAUGUGAGAUGCUGCUUGUUUAAUGUUUAUGUCAGUGGUCUCCACAAAACAGGCACAUACUGCUGAGCACAUUUAUAAAUGUGACUAUAAAUGAAAAAUGGUGUGGGUGAGGGAUGAGGAAAGCUUUCACAGGCUGUGACUAAGCAGGUGCAGUCUCCUGUUCAAUCUCUUCCAGUGGACAUGAAUAACUGCCUUACUGUGUCUGCUGGCCAGAUCAUGCCCAGGGGUCAUCCACCAAACAGAAACUGAAAGAAAUAUUGAAUUUAAUUGAUUAUUAUGUUAGUGAUUCAUCUAUUAAAAGCCAUGAUUGAAUAUACAGUUUCACUUGUACUUUACUUUCACUUUCCUUCUGAGAAUAUAAAGAUCCUGAGCACAAGCCCACUGAGGCAGAGCUGCAGCACUGCAGCAUCACUUAGGCUUCUGGAAACUACCAGCACAAAUACUAAGACCUUCUAAAUUACACUUACAUGCUGAAUGUUUUGUGUCUGUGCUGUUAUCCGGUGUC